GCUCCCCAGAGCCGCUGCUGAAGUAGGAACCGCCUGCCCUGUAGAGAGGCGCCGCCGCCUCCUCACGCGGAGACAUGUAUCCGGGAGCUGCUGCCGCCGCCGCCUCGUCCUCCUCCUCCCCUGGACCCGUGCUUGCACCUCCUCCACCAUUGCCACCACCAAUACAGGGAUAUGCCUUUAAACCUCCUCCUCGACCCGAUUUUGGUACUUCUGGAAGAACAAUCAAACUACAGGCCAACUUCUUUGAAAUGGACAUUCCUAAAAUUGAUAUCUACCAUUAUGAAUUGGAUAUAAAGCCAGAGAAAUGCCCUAGAAGAGUUAACCGAGAAAUAGUUGAGCAUAUGGUCCAGCACUUUAAAACACAGAUCUUUGGGGAUCGUAAACCAGUAUUUGAUGGAAGAAAAAACCUAUAUACAGCUAUGCCACUUCCUAUUGGGAGGGAUAAACAGGUGGAGUUGGAGGUCACGCUUCCAGGAGAAGGGAAGGACAGAAUAUUUAAGGUGGCUAUAAAAUGGAUGUCCUGUGUGAGUCUGCAGGCUUUACAUGAUGCUCUUUCUGGUCGGCUGCCAAGUGUUCCUUUUGAAACUAUCCAGGCACUGGAUGUAGUGAUGAGACAUUUGCCUUCCAUGAGGUAUACUCCUGUUGGCCGGUCUUUUUUUACUGCAUCUGAAGGAUGCUCAAACCCUCUGGGUGGUGGCCGAGAAGUUUGGUUUGGGUUCCAUCAAUCAGUCAGACCUUCACUCUGGAAAAUGAUGCUUAAUAUUGAUGUGUCUGCAACAGCAUUUUAUAAGGCACAGCCAGUAAUAGAGUUUGUUUGUGAAGUUUUGGAUUUCAAGAGUAUUGAAGAGCAACAGAAACCUCUCACAGAUUCCCAAAGGGUAAAGUUUACCAAAGAAAUAAAAGGUCUAAAGGUGGAGAUAACACACUGUGGGCAAAUGAAGAGAAAAUACCGAGUGUGCAAUGUCACCAGACGGCCAGCAAGUCACCAAACGUUCCCACUUCAGCAGGAGAGUGGACAAACAGUUGAAUGCACUGUAGCUCAAUAUUUUAAGGACAGGCACAAGUUGGUUCUACGCUAUCCUCAUCUUCCAUGUUUACAAGUUGGACAGGAGCAGAAACAUACAUACCUUCCUCUUGAGGUGUGCAACAUAGUGGCAGGACAGAGGUGUAUAAAGAAGCUGACUGACAAUCAAACUUCCACUAUGAUACGGGCAACUGCCAGAUCAGCACCUGACCGUCAAGAAGAGAUUAGCAAAUUGAUGCGAAGUGCAAGUUUUAAUACUGAUCCUUAUGUUCGUGAAUUUGGAAUAAUGGUCAAAGAUGAAAUGACUGAUGUGACUGGGAGAGUCCUACAACCUCCCUCAAUCCUGUAUGGAGGCAGAAAUAAAGCAAUUGCUACACCAGUUCAAGGGGUUUGGGAUAUGAGGAAUAAACAGUUUCACACUGGAAUUGAAAUUAAGGUCUGGGCAAUUGCCUGCUUUGCUCCCCAGCGACAGUGCACUGAAGUUCAUCUUAAGUCCUUCACAGAACAACUGAGGAAGAUAUCAAGAGAUGCAGGAAUGCCAAUCCAGGGGCAGCCAUGUUUCUGUAAAUAUGCCCAGGGUGCAGAUAGUGUGGAACCUAUGUUCAGACAUCUAAAGAACACCUAUGCUGGGCUACAGCUUGUGGUAGUCAUUCUGCCAGGGAAGACUCCAGUUUAUGCGGAAGUAAAGCGUGUUGGUGACACUGUGCUGGGGAUGGCUACACAGUGUGUUCAGAUGAAAAAUGUGCAAAGAACAACACCACAAACUCUGUCCAAUCUUUGUUUAAAGAUCAAUGUCAAAUUAGGAGGAGUAAAUAACAUUUUACUGCCACAAGGAAGGCCUCCGGUAUUUCAGCAGCCUGUCAUAUUCCUGGGUGCAGAUGUAACUCAUCCACCAGCUGGAGAUGGAAAAAAGCCUUCUAUUGCUGCAGUUGUAGGUAGCAUGGAUGCUCACCCUAAUCGAUACUGUGCCACUGUGCGUGUCCAGCAGCAUCGUCAAGAAAUCAUCCAAGACUUGGCUGCCAUGGUCAGGGAGCUGCUUAUUCAGUUCUACAAAUCAACCAGAUUUAAACCAACUCGCAUUAUUUUCUACCGAGAUGGUGUUUCUGAGGGGCAAUUUCAACAGGUUCUCCACCACGAAUUGCUGGCUAUCAGAGAAGCAUGCAUUAAACUAGAAAAGGACUACCAGCCUGGAAUUACAUUUAUUGUUGUGCAGAAAAGGCAUCACACCAGGCUCUUCUGUACAGACAAAAACGAACGGGUUGGAAAAAGUGGAAACAUUCCAGCAGGUACUACAGUGGACACAAAAAUCACCCAUCCAUCAGAGUUUGACUUUUACCUUUGUAGUCAUGCUGGUAUUCAGGGAACAAGCAGACCUUCUCAUUACCAUGUCCUCUGGGAUGACAAUCGUUUCUCUUCAGAUGAACUGCAAAUUCUUACCUACCAGCUGUGUCAUACAUAUGUACGCUGUACUCGUUCCGUCUCAAUCCCCGCACCAGCAUACUAUGCACACCUGGUUGCCUUCAGAGCCAGGUAUCAUCUGGUGGAUAAAGAACAUGAUAGUGCUGAAGGAAGCCACACUUCUGGUCAAAGUAAUGGCAGAGAUCAUCAAGCACUUGCUAAAGCAGUUCAAGUUCAUCAGGACACGUUACGUACCAUGUACUUUGCUUGACAUGUUUUAAUGUUUAGCGAUUCAGUAGAGUUGGAUUCACGUGAGACCAGCUGCACUUAGACCAACAGUUGCCCAAGCUACAGUGACAGCCAGCAAUGAGUGAUGCAUCUUUAUUUUAUUAGUUUUUUUCCAUUUGCAAGAAAGCCUUCCGUCCGGAAUUUCAGACUUGAUUAUGAACUGCAGACCCGUACAAAACCCCACAGUUGUUGGAAAUGUGGUUUGCCAAAAUCUCUAAGCUGCUUGUCAGAAAACAGACCCAUAUUUUGUAGUUAAAUCAAAAGCUAUGAUCUCAGGGCUAAAAACAAAACUUUUUCAUGUAGUUUGCUAUUCAAUUUAUUUGUGUGUUAAUAAUUUGGAAAUACCUUAUUCACGUCAAAUUUGACGGGCUCAGAUGCUGUGAGCUUGCUUUUAAAACAAAGAAAAGGAAAAGCACUACUUGGGUAUUUAUGAAGCCUUGAUCAUUCUGGAUGCAUUUACAAAAGUUUUAUUUUCAAAGUGCAAAAAGAUAAUAAUUCUGGUCCUCCACUGUCUUGCAGGAUCAUUCUGUAUGUCUAAGAACAAAUGUAUUUCUGAAAUUUGUUCUUGAAUGUCUUUUAUUGUGCUGCAUUUAAAGAUGUUUUUCAUAGACUUAUGAAAUAAUUUCAGAAAAAAAUGAACUUGUAUCUGAACCUUUAAUAGGUCCAGUGAGAUUGGCAAAAAAAAAAAAAAAAAGUGCCAUUUAAAUUUUUUUAAACUUUUUUUUUUUAAAUCAUACUGACAGCUAAUCACAGAAUUUGUCCUAUAGGACUGUGACACUUACUUUCCAAAGUUUCUAAAGAAUACGGGUCUGUGGUGAUAAAUACAGUACAAUCCUUCACUGUUAUGUUUGAAUUUUUGUAAAUUUUAUAUGUUUCACAGUAUUAAUGUGAUAGACUAGAUGCUAUUAUUUAUUUUAUUUACUAAGGCGUGCUCAUCAUAUUUCUGUUAACAUAUCAAGAAAGCUUUGGAUUUUAGACAUUAAAACCUUAUCAUGGAAACAUUAUUAUUCAAAUGCAGGAAUAUGCAAUUGACUUGGAUAUGACAGAGGUCAGAGAUACAUACAGUGUAUAUUGUAUAGCUUGUAAUUUCUGGAAAGACUUUUUCAGCAUGCACACAACAUGCCAGGUUUCACCUGUGCAUUCAGAGACACAUACACCGUGAGACCAACAUUCUCCAUCCAUUCAAGCACAAAACAAUUCUUCUUUAUUUAUUUGUUGAUUAUUGGUGAAGCAGCAGUUCAAAUUGAGGAGAAUGGUUCACUCUAUAUAGUUUAGCUAGCCAAAUUUAAUAGAAUCUAUGCAGUAAAAAUAACUCUUAGGAAACUGUUGAAGUUUACUUGUGGAAGAAAGUGAAACUCUUUGUUAUACAUAAGAUCAAUAGUAUGAGUGAGAUUUUUGCCAUUCUCUUAGGAGAAGUAUUAAUUAAUCUGAUAAUUAUUAGACAUAUAUGCUUCUGUUAGUUUGCACACUGGGUUCAUAUACAUCAUAAUACAUGUAUAAACCAUUGCACUAAUUGUGACACCAUAAACAAUUUUAGAAGAGGAGUGGGGGAAAAAAAACCCGAAAGUUGUUUAUGCUGACUUGAUUUUGUUUAAUGUUCUCAUAUGCUAAAUCAAGUACAUAUUAAGCAUGUAGAUUUUUUUUAAGUUGCAUUCUCUUGCUCUGUUUCAUUCAGCUCUCUCUUUCCCUUCCCCUAGCAAACACAUUUACCUCUAGCAUCAAGGUGAGCAAACAGCCUCAUCCAGAAUUAGUGUCAGUGCCAUAUUUUGUAUAAACUAGAACUGUUUGAUGUUGAGUAAGCCAGAAAAUGCCCAACUUUGCUGCCUAAAAGGUUUAGGUGCAUAAUUUUGUGCACAAGUUCAGGUCUGCACCUUAUAGCACAGCAUGCUGUUGCUCGUUUUGUUUGGCUGAAGCAACAAAGUAAAUUCUGUUAAUGGAUGAGUCAGUCAUAUGUACAUCAUGCUAGUUUAUUAUUCCUGGCUUGCUGUUGAAUUCAGUGGGCCAGAAUCUGUUCAGUUAUAGUUGUGUAAAUACUGGUAUUCCUGAUUACACUGGUAACUGAAAAUAGAAUUCAGCCCUUUGUAAUUACUAAGCAGGUUAUAAAAGCCUCCACUAAAACAAAUUUAGCUGAUUUGCAAUAGCAUUUCUAUGAUGGGUGAGUUGCACUUUUCUCUCUAGUAUUUUGAGCAGUGUAGAAAUUCAUUGCAGGCUUUAAUUUUGGCACAUUAUCAGACAAUUGUAUAAGUUAUUCUUUAAGAAGUUAAAAUAAUUAGUCAGCCAUUUUAAAAAUUCCACUGGUGGUUCUUGCUAUUCCUUAUGAUUAGGUGCUCAGGAUGAUACUUAUCAUCUUAUUCUCCUCUUUCCCUACUGCACAAACCUGGAGUAAAUUACUUUAUGUGGGCAACCAGAUACAGCAAGGAUCCACCUCAAUCCCACAUCCUGAAUUCAAGGGUAGAUCAAAGGGCUAUGGUGCCUCUUGUGGCUUCUGUUCUAGUCUAUGGGCUAGAAUACCAGGUGCUUCUCCAAUGUGGGAGUUCUGGUCUACUGGCUCUGUGCACAGAUCCAGAAGCUCCCACUCCAAAGACCCCUAACAUGCAGCCCAGAUACCCAAAAGACCUGGGUGCAGAGGAUUGCAGUGGGGGCUCUGCAGACACUUCACCAAAGUGUCUGUUGCCGCAGUGUCCUAUUAGCAUGAAUGGGAAUUGUGUGCAAUUCCCUAAAAUGUAAUGAAGUAUGCAAACUCCUGAGGAAUGAUUGUCAGUAUGGUGGGAUUGGGGAGUUUACAGUUUGUAGAUUACUCUAAUUUUAAAAAUGGCUUUGAUUUUUUCCUAAUGAAAUAUACAGUGAAUUAGUCCAUCAUAUAAUUUAAUUGAUUUAAAUAUUUUUAGGAAAAGUUUUUUAAUGGGCAAUGCACUUUGAAAAGUAGGCACUCGGUGUGCAUAACUGCUUUUUAUAAAGAUUAAUAUAAACAACAUGCAUAGACCAAAACAGCUCCAAUCAAAUAAACAAUACACCUUUAUCCUUUUCAGUUUACUCCAGACUGCAAGGACAUCAAUAUCUCUGGUAAACAUGUAUAAAUUUACCCACAAAAUAUUCUCUCUAAGAACUAAAGAAAAGUGUUUACAAAUUAUUGUGUAUACGAAGUUUAGGAUUGUGACACAUGCCCACAGAUGCUAUUGAAUUCAUAGGUAAGGUUGAUAGUUUUAACCAUUAUGUCACUAGUUCAAAUUCAGCUCAGGUCAGCAGUAACCAAAAGUACUUACUAUCUGCAGUUCGUUGGCCUGUGCAAAAAGAUGUCUAACUCCAAUUGCUAGAGAACCAUGAAACAGACCGUCUUCUGUUACAGUGGUUCUGCUCUGAGCUACAUUUGCACCAAUUGCGGCAAUGGUAUUUUGUAUCUUGGUCUAACAAUUGGUACAAAUUGGUCUUCUUGCUAGCAAAACCAGGUCAGGAUUGAACAAUGUGGAACAAUUGUGCAUUCACAAUGUAGUGUUUUGUGGAAAAACAGGUUCCAAGCUCUAAAGCUGUCAAUCUCAGAUCCUUUAUUAGCAUUAUAUUUAUGUAAAAUGAUUCAUAUGAAAAAGGCUGAUAAGUGAUGGACACGUUAGAAAUAGGUACGUGAAGCCUUACAUUGUGGGAAAGCGGGGGGGGGGGGGGUGUUGGAAGAUGAAGGGAUAAACAAUUAUGAGUUAAGUGUCAGCUAUCACUUUGAAUUUCCUGCCUUAUUUGUACCUAAUAUUAACACUACUGAAACAUAGAGAGACUACAGAAGCUAAUAGAAAUGCUGCUAUUCAAAGGUGCAAAACAAAACCAGCAAAGAUAACAUAUUCAAGGCUUCCAGCCUUUUUAAAAAAAAAAAGCUAGAUACGAAACUACUAUUGGGCUCUAUGGUGCCUUUUUAGGUUCUCCUGGUGUUCGGGGCUGAUGGAAGGUUAGAAAUCAUAGAAUAUCAGGGUUGGAAGGGACCUCAGGAGAUCAUCUAAUCCAACCUCCUACUCAAAGCAGGACCAAUCCCCAGACUUUUUUUUUUUUUCUUUAAAUCCCAGGUCCCUAAAUGGC